AUGAAACAAUGCGAAGAGAGAACGGAAUAUUCGAAGGCAUUUAUCAGCGCGAUUGUUGACCAGGAUUUGGAUUUCGUCCGCGAAGUUUUGCCAUAUGCCGAUGUCAAUUUUAAGGAUCCCUUGGGGAUGACAGCUAUUCAUUUCGUAAUGCGCUUAUAUCCUGAUAAUAAACUGCAUGAAACGAUCAAGCUUUUACGAGAUCACGAUGCAAGACUUGACAUGGCCGAUCCUUUCGGAAACUUGCCAAUUCAUCUGGCUUGUACGCGCGCCAAUCCUCUCCUGGCAUUGACAAUUCUCAAAGAAUUCGGUGCCAAAAUCACCAACACAUCCAACAAAAACAAUGCUAACGCCCUACACUUUCUUUUCUGCUCUUUUUCCGAAUGCAACGAGUUCGAAGACAUUUUUGGCGCGCUGGAGUUUCUUCAACGAUACGGGGUCGACGAAAAUCAGGCUGACCAAGGUGGUCAAACACCAAAAAAGUACGCCUUCAAGAAAUUUGGAAAGCGUAACGAGAUGCUGUGGAAAGUCUCUGCCGCGCUUUCGCAGACUGACUCUACUGCUGAGCUUUGUGACAGAGCUCGAACGAGAAAACUUUCCGCGUCCGAGAUUUCAACGAAAAAAUUCGGAGCUCGUCGCCGCAAUUCAAUCGCCGACAUUUCUAGAAAGACGGAAUUCUGUCUGCACUAG